CAAAAACAAAUUAAAAACAUCUCGUCAAUCAAAUUAAUUGUCAUAUACUCUGCCAGACUUUUGCUAGGCACUUAAAAGGUUCUUCUGUUCUAUUUCAACUGCUGCGCUACAAAAAUGGUACUCAUUGCUGCGGCAGUCUGCACAAAGAAUGGCAAAGUCAUACUGUCACGUCAGUUCGUGGAGAUGACAAAGGCCCGUAUCGAGGGUCUGCUGGCCGCCUUUCCAAAACUGAUGACGUCUGGCAAGCAGCACACCUACGUGGAGACGGACUCUGUGCGCUAUGUCUACCAGCCGAUGGAGAAGCUCUACAUGCUCCUCAUAACCACAAAGGCCAGCAACAUCCUGGAGGACUUGGAAACGCUGCGUCUCUUCUCCAAAGUGAUACCGGAGUACAGCCACUCGCUGGACGAGAAGGAGAUUGUGGAGAAUGCCUUUAACUUGAUUUUCGCCUUCGAUGAGAUUGUGGCCCUCGGCUACAGGGAGAGUGUCAAUCUAGCCCAGAUCAAGACCUUUGUGGAAAUGGACUCGCACGAGGAGAAGGUCUACCAGGCAGUGCGCCAGACACAGGAGCGGGAGGCACGCCAGAAAAUGCGUGAAAAGGCCAAGGAGCUCCAACGUCAGCGCAUGGAGGCCAGCAAGCGUGGCGGUCCAUCGAUGGGCGGUCUCAGUGGCCGCAGUGGUGGCUUCAGUUCCGACAGCUUCGGCAGCAGUGGUGUCAGUGGCGUCUCGAGCAGCGUCCACGCACCAUCCAUUGAAUUGGACAGUAAACCCAUUUCGAGCAAGGCGGCAGUGAAGCCAUCAUCGCGCAACGCCCUGAAGCUGGGUGGAAAGUCUAAGGAUGUCGACAGCUUCGUCGAUCAACUGAAGAGCGAGGGCGAGAAGAUUGCCAAUCUGGCGCCAGCAACGGCUGCCAGCGGCUCCGGAUCGGCGACUAGCGCCAGUGCAGCGGCCAAGGCAGCCAUGUCGGCCGACAUUCACAAGGAAAGCGUGCAUCUGAAGAUUGAGGACAAGCUGGUGGUGCGUCUGGGACGAGAUGGCGGCGUCCAGCAGUUUGAGAAUUCUGGCUUGUUGACUCUCCGCAUCACGGACGAAGCAUGCGGCCGUAUCUUGUUGAAGCUGUCCCCCAAUCAUGCACAGGGCUUGCAGCUGCAAACGCAUCCGAAUGUGGACAAGGAGCUCUUCAAGGCGCGCAGCAUGAUUGGUCUUAAGAAUCUGGCCAAGCCAUUCCCUCUGAACACCGACGUCGGUGUCCUCAAAUGGCGCUUCGUCUCACAGGAUGAGACGGCCAUUCCAUUAACCAUUAACUGCUGGCCGUCGGACAAUGGUGAGGGCGGAUGCGACAUUAACAUUGAAUACGAACUGGAGGCUCAGCAUCUGGAGCUGCAGGAUGUGGCCAUUGUUAUACCCUUGCCAAUGAAUGUGCAGCCGACGGUGGCCGAAUACGAUGGCACCUACAACUACGAUGCACGCAAGCAUGUGCUGCAGUGGCACAUUCCCAUAAUCGAUGCCGCCAACAAGUCGGGCUCGAUGGAGUUCAGCUGCAACGCAUCCAUUCCGGGCGACUUCUUUCCCUUGCAAGUAUCAUUCGUCUCGAAGACGACGUACGCCGGCGUGAUUGCCCAGGACGUCAUUCAGGUGGACAGCGAGGCGUCGGUCAAGUAUUCGAGCGAAUCCAUAUUGUUUGUGGAGAAGUACGAGAUCGUGUAGGUCUCGCCAUGCCUACACCUGAGUAGUACAUAAUACAUACACCUAGAAAUCCACUUUAAUUUUUUUUGGAGCGACUUUUGCGCGUUAUGAUCGAUUCGAUUCGAUGCUACUACAUGUUAUAGAUUAUUUUAUUAUACUUAAAUGUUGCAUUGGCGGAGAUCGGCUUCUCAAAGACACGACCGACCCAACAGAGUAAUUCCAAAAUUUAACAAUAUCAAACGCGGAAACAUUCUGCACUUUCACUUCCGAUGCGUAUGAAAUGGCAAAAUUAUAAUAAACAAACGGUAAUUAGUUGUAAUUGGCGA